GCACAGGAGUCUUGACGUCACGAGGCGCCCUGGCUCUUCAGAGCCGCUGGUAUUGCUGGCGAAAAGAUGGGAAAAUCAGAUAGACUUCAACUGAGUGAUUGACGUCAAAUUACGGAGUUUUCCUACCGCUUUUCGACUGACAAAUGAUUCACUGUUGACAUGAUUUGAGCUCCACCAGACAACAAGAAAGGUAACUUCUUUCUUUUGAGAGGUUUUCAUCACGGACUAUUGUGUCAAUGAAAAAAAUAGAGGUCCUGGUUAAGCACAGAGACUCGGCCAGAUUGGUGUAUUAUUUGUGACUCCAGAUAGCUCCUGUUGGAUGAGGAAAGUCUGCCAGAACAUUGUCUGCCCCUCCACCAACACGGUUCCUAUCAGCUCCAGUUGAAGCGGGAUCACCAACACAAGUUCAAUAUAAAUAUACUUGAAGUUUUACUUUUGGCACCCUUCCUCCAGCUAGCAGAAGAUGUACGGUAGUGCCCGCUCGGUUGGCAGAGGGGAUGCCAACCACAGUGGCAGUAGAGAUGGAAGUGGUUCUGGCAAUCAGGGGUCGGGCCGCUCCCCUCGCCUACCCCGUUCUCCUCGAAUGGGACACCGUCGCACCAACAGCACCGGAGGCAGUGGAGGAGGUCCUGGAGGAGCGGGGGGCAAAACUCUCUCCAUGGAGAACAUCCAGUCCCUCAACGCGGCGUAUGCCACCUCCGGACCAAUGUACCUGAGUGACAACGAGGUGGCCAUGGCGGACUACGUUCCCAAAAGUGGUGGGACAAUGACGACCAUGGGGAGACAGAGGGUGACAUACGGCUCAAGGGGCACCAACAGUGGAGUUGUGGCCGCGAGCACGCCCAACAUCUCCACCUCAGUGCCUGGCAACGCUGCGCUUUCCGUGGGCAUUAUGGCAGGCGAUGCGCUCGCUUUUGGGGACCACCACAUGUCUUCCACUGUGCCUCACUCUCUGAGGCAGGCCAGAGAUAACACCAUACUGGACCUGCAGACUCAACUGAAAGAGAUUCUACGUGAGAAUGAGAUGCUGCGGCGAGAGGUGGAAGUUAAGGAGAGCAAGCUCAGCUCUUCCAUGAAUUCUAUCAAGACCUUCUGGAGCCCAGAAUUAAAAAAGGAGCGAGCUCUCAGGAAAGACGAGGUUUCCAAGAUCACCGUCUGGAAGGAGCAAUACCGCGUGAUUCAAGAUGAGGCACAGCAUCUCCAGAUGACUGUUCAGGCUCUUCAGGAUGAGAUGAGAAUCCAGAGGGACCUGAACCUGCUGCUUCAGCAAGACCCCACCAUACAGGGCCGGGACCUGGUCCUCACAUCUGAACCCACGGAGGAGAACUACCGGCGGCUACAUGCAGAGCACGAGAGGCAGGCCAAAGAGCUCUUCCUCCUUAGAAAGACCCUAGAGGAGAUGGAGCUAAGGAUUGACACGCAGAAGCAAACCCUGGGAGCCAGAGACGAGUCCAUCAAGAAACUUUUGGAGAUGCUGCAGAGCAAGGGGCCAUCCGCCAAAGCAUCAGAGGAGGACCAGGAGCGGACCAGGAGACUGGCUGAUGCAGAGAUGCACAGGCAUCACCUUGAGAGUUUACUGGACCAGAGAGACAGAGAGGUCAACGCACUAAGAGAGGAGCUGCACCGUCGAUACGAGGGAACCCCCGAGUCCACAAAGACUAAAGCUCUGCAGACUGUCAUCGACAUGAAGGAUGCAAAAAUCAAUUCCAUGGAGCGAGGAUUGAGAGACAUGGAAGAGGAGCUGCUGAUGAUGAAAUCCAAUGGACUUCUGAGCUGCGAGGAGCGGCAGGAGGAGAUGAAGCAGAUGGAGGUCUACCGCAGCCACAUGAAAUUCAUGAAGAAUAAGGUCUAUGAGAAGUUCUUUUCUCAAAAUUGGAUGCUUUCCGCUAGAAGUUUCCUUCCUUCCUUUCCUUCACGGCCAUCCACCUAUUUUCAGAUGGAGCAGGUGAAGCAGGACCUAUCCAGGAAGGACACCGAGCUGCUUGGUUUGCAGACCAAGCUGGAGACUCUCACCAACCAGUUCUCUGACAGCAAGCAGCACAUCGAAGUCCUCAAGGAGUCUCUUACUGCCAAGGAGCAGCGAGCCGCCAUCUUACAGACAGAGGUGGAUGCCCUGCGCUUGCGCUUGGAGGAGAAGGAGUCAACUCUGAAUAAGAAGAGCAAGCAGAUUCAAGAAAUGUCAGAAGAGAAGGGCACACUCAACGGGGAGAUCCACGACCUCAAAGACAUGCUGGACGUCAAGGAGCGCAAAGUGAACGUGCUUCAGAAAAAGAUUGAGAACCUGCAGGAGCAGCUGAGGGACAAGGAGAAACAGAUGAGCAGCCUGAAAGAGAGAGUGAAGUCUUUGCAGACAGACACCUCAAACACUGACACUGCUCUCACCACACUAGAGGAGUCUCUCGCAGAAAAGGAGCGCAUUAUUGAGCGUCUAAAAGAGCAGCGAGACCGAGACGACCGGGAGAAGACGGAGGAGAUUGACAGUAACAAAAAGGAACUCAAAGAGUUGAAGGAGAAGCUGAGCCUCCUGCAGGGGGACCUGUCAGACAGAGAGACGUCUCUGUUGGACCUGAAGGAGCAUGCAUCAUCCCUGGCAUCCUCCGGUCUGAAGAAGGACUCCAAACUCAAGACUAUGGAGAUCGCCUUUGAGCAGAAAAGGGAGGAGUGCCUCAAAGUGGAGAAUCAGCUUAAGAGGGCUCAAAACGCAGCCCUGGAAGCUCAGGCCAACACUGAGCUGCCCGAGCGCAUUAAGAACCUCCAACAGGAAGUUGCCCGCCACAAAGAGGAUUCUGGGAAGGCCCAGGCUGAGGUGGACCGCCUGCUGGAGAUCCUUCGGGAAAUGGAGAAUGAGAAGAAUGACAAGGACAAAAAAAUCAAUGAGCUGGAGAGUUUGACCUACAGGCAGACAAAGGACCAGUCAAAGAAGGUGGCGUCUCUGAAGCACAAGGAGCAGGUGGAGAAGAGUAGGAAUGCUCGACUCGUGGACGAGGCCAGGAAGAGGGAGGACAACAUGUCCGAGAGCUCCCACCUGGUGAAGGACACUCUGCGUCAGAAGUCGGAGCGCAUAGAGGAGCUGGAGGAGGCCCUGAGAGAGAGCGUUCAGAUCACUGCUGAGCGAGAGAUGGUGCUGGCGCAGGAGGAGGCUGCCAGGUCACUGCAGGAGAAACAGAUGGAGGAGCUACUGGGGGCCAUGGAGAAAGUGAAGCAGGAGCUGGAGUCCAUGAGGGCCAAGCUGUCCUCCACCCAGCAGUCUCUUUGUGAGAAAGAGACACACCUGUCAACGCUGCGAGCUGAGCGCAGGAAACACCUGGAGGAGGUGCUGGAGAUGAAGCAGGAGGCGCUGCUGGCUGCAAUCAGCGAGAAGGAUGCUAACAUCGCCCUGCUGGAGUUGUCCUCCUCUAAGAAGAAGAAGACCCAGGAUGAGGUGUCUCUGCUGAAAAGGGAGAAGGACAGAUUGGUGCAACAGCUCAAGCAGCAGACUCAGAACAGAAUGAAACUGAUGGCAGAUAACUACGAGGAUGACCAUCUGAAGACUGCUCCUGACCAGUCAAAUCACAAGCCCUCUCCUGAUCAGAUGAUCCCCCCUCUUCUGGCCCUGUCCCAGAACCGCAGUAAACUCAAGCUCUACAUCGCGCACCUGACCGACCUCUGCCACGACCGCGACCCCGCCAUCCUCAGCCAGCUCACGCCGCCCUCUCACUACCACCACAGCGACCCCGAAGACUGGGAGGAGGAGCUCCAGAAGAAGGAUGUCCAACAGUUGGAGGGCGAGCUGGAGGUGUGUGAGAAGGAGAGCGGGGAGCUGCAGGAAUACGCCAACUCUGUCCUGCAGCAGAUCGCAGAUUACUGCCCUGAUAUCCUGGAGCAGGUUGUCAACGCCUUAGAGGAGUCGUGCUGACGCUCCGACCUCGGACACAAACCGGCCGAGUCCUGCUCUCGGUAAAAUCUGCAGCCCGCCGUCCGUCAACGAGGCGUCUGGCAGGGUGAGAGUAACCAUGAGAGCCGAGCUUUGCUUCUUCGCUGCCCCAGAACAUGCUUAUUAACAUCUCUGCUUUCCUGUCAAAUGUGACUUUGUAAAAAAUCAAAUUAGGGACGGUCACCAAGGGUGUAGAAAUAUUGUCAAGUAGGUUUCAGAUUAUACGACACGUUCUCUUUAAAGUACACACCUGAUCACAUUAUCCGUCAUGGAACAGCACACUGAGGUGAACAGCUGACUCGCAAGCACUUGGGAACAAAAUUCAAUUAUUUAUUUUUGCUUGAAGUAAACUUAGUAAAGAUAUGGCACAUGAGUAAGUGUAGGACGGGUGGGUUGGGAGACAAAGGACAAAAGUCUAUGAGCGGACUGCCAUCCUUCGUUCAUUCAUUCAUUCACAGCAGGAACCGCUAGAUCAAGCACAGAUACCUCACCCACAACCAUCUCAGUCUUCUACCCCUUAGAUGUCUCUUGCAUACCUUUUAUAGGAAAAUGGGGGUAAAUUUGUGCCUCACAUGGGGCAGGAAAGCACUUUGUGAGCUGCUACAUCUAGAAGGAGCUCAGUUCAGUGGGUAAAUAAUGCACAGUGUAGAUGCUUAUUUCUAUUCUAGUCCGUGUUCCCUUAACGAGAAGGUUGGACUCGGUGGGCGGAGCUCUGAGCACCGAGGAAGUGCCCCAUUUGAACCAAAUAUCAAUGCAGCGUGCUCUCCAAAGGUUUCUAUGGGUCUGUCAUUGUGGAUGGAGGUGUGUGUUACUGUGUCGUCUGUGGCUGGGCCACUGGCACCAGGGCGAGGGGUAGAAAUCUAGACCUGACCUUUGACACUAAUCAAAUGUCAGCUUUAAGUUACACAAUGUACUCCAAUACAAAUAUAUGAGAGAGGGAAGAAGAAGAGAAACAAGUUAUUCUGAGACUUAUUUACUUUUAGAUAGUUUUGCACACAACGUCCACAUGUUUAUGAGGUAUGCAAUGUUUCCUUUUCUAGUGGCCUUGGAGCAUGAACAGAGAUCAGUACUGGACCUAAUGCAGGGAUAUUUUAUUUCCUCUGUUAUGUUGGUGCUAAGGCAUGAUGUAAGAUCCACUGAUCAGUCUCAUCCAAAGUUUCUGCAGAUGCUACUUAAAGCCCACCUGAUCUAUUUAUUCCUGAUGACUUACAAAUGCAAGUGAUGCCUCCCUUUAUUUUUUUUAAAUCUUCAGGGCUGAGGUUAUUAAUUACUAAAUGCAUCUACAUUUCCUGGAAACAAAAGUCAGUUUUUUCAGCAAAUUUAGACUUUUUAGAUCAGUUUGUAAAUAAUGUGAUAUUUAACACGUAUAGUGAUUGAAUAAAGUUAAUUAAGUGAAAGGUGUUGUGCAUUAUUUGAAAAGAAAAUCUAAAGUUUAAAGCAGUGCAGUUUUUUUUAAUUUUGUCGUCAGGACAGAGUGUCAGUGUGUGACAGUACUGCCAUAAGUCCUAUAGAGAUCUAUAUAAAUACGUAUAUAAACUGUUUACUGUAUGGAUAUGCAUUGAAUGUUUGCACAGAAUCCUAAAGAGCAAAAUGACCGUUGAGUUGGUGUCUUCAGCAGAAACUGAAGAAAGUGUCAAAAAAAUAUUCCGUGUCAAAAUAGUGUGUUGAACCAUAAAUGUUUUCAACCCGUGACUUUGUGAUGGGGAGCACUUUCCUUCUAAUCAGCGUUUUAAAUUUAUUAUCCUGAGAUUCCAGUGUUUUAUUUUUUGGUUGAUGUCAAAGGCAGAUUGAGCCUGAUGGAUACAAACAAUAAAGUCUCAACAUCCUGGACCUCCUGCUUUUUUUAGGGGAAUAUUAUGAGGAGAAAAGCCUGUCGGCGUCCUGCCUCACUUCGGGUGUGUGGUUGGUGGAUACGUGGUAUGUGAACCCCUGCUGGUUUUGGAUGAUAACCGUUGAAUGCUUGUACUUUGUCGGUCAAAACUAUUUCAGUGGAAACAAAUUCUCAUUUCAACCCCCCCGCAUUCCCUGUCCUUGCCUUAAUGUGUCGUCAUGUAUUUUUCUCUUCUCUUUAUUGAGGACCACAGGGCUGAUUAAGGGGCGUCUGUCAAGUUCAUAGUAUUUGAUUUUAAUUUUGCAUUUAUAUAAGAAAUGUAUUGCCUUCCUUCUGUAAGCGUUCGUAAACAGAAAGCAAGACAUUUGUGAGUUAUUUGGAUUUUGUAUGUAUGUAAAUAAAUAAAUUAUAAGCCUUG